AUGGCCCUCGGCAAAGAAAAGCUCCUCGUCUUCCUCCCCGUCGACCCACCCCAAGGAUGGCUCGACAAGGUGUCGACCCGCUUCCCCAACCUGGAGGUUCGCUGGGAAAAGGCACGCAUUCUUUCCUCAGGCGGGCUGAGCACUCUGGAAGAGGUGUCAGCCGAGGUCCUCGACGGCAUCACAUUGUUAUGCAUCAUAUACCCGCCCGAGAGACCGGGGCUGAUGCGUGACGUGCGCUUCGUCCAGAUGGUGACCUCGGGGUCCGACUCCUGGGCCGGGCAUGCCAAGUAUAAGGAUCCUGCGGUGGAUUUCUGCUCGAUCAGUGGGAUACAUGCGCCGCAGAUUACGGAAUGGGUGAUUGGCACCUGGCUAUCCCACCAGCGCUUCCUGAAACACUACGCCAUGGUCCAGCGGGACGAGGCAUCGUGGAGGGCAGAGUGGGACGUGGGCGCCAUGAGAGCCGACUCGGCCGGGAGACGCAUAGGAAUCCUCGGCUAUGGCUCCGUCGGCCGUAAUGUCGGCCGCGUCGCCCAGGCCCUGGGCAUGCAAGUAUACGCCUACACCGGCUCGCCGAGGACGACACCCGAGUCGCGCCGUCUGCCUCCCGGAUCUACCUACCUGGUUCCCGGGACCGGCGACCCAGACGGCGUCGUUCCCGCGCGCUGGUUCAGCGGCGACCUCGACAGUUUCCUAUCCCUAGGCAUAGACCUGCUCGUCGUGUCCAUGCCCCUCACUGACUCAACGCGCGGGAGCAUCGGCCGUCGCCAGUUUGACAUCCUCGCCCGCUCCUCCUCCAAGACCUUCGUCUGCAAUGUCGCAAGGGGACCCAUCAUAGACACGGAUGCCCUCGUCGACGCCCUUCACGGGGGACUCAUCGGCGGUGCUGCUCUCGACGUGACGGACCCGGAGCCGUUGCCUGACGGUCAUCCGCUAUGGAAGGCGCCCAACCUGCUCAUCACGCCGCACGUCAGCUGGCAGUCGAGCUCGUUUUUCGAGCGAACUGUCGACGUUUUGUUCACUAACCUUGAGAAGAUGGAUGUUGGUGAACCACUUGUCAACUUGGUCAAGAAGGCAUGA